AUGAACUCUUCAUGGAAAGCGCGUUUAAUCAUGGCAAUUGGCGUUGCCGUCAUCAUCUUUGGCGAUUUUCUCGGUUACGGCAACAGCGGCAAUAAUGCACCUGGCAACAGCAACACCAGUAAUCGCCAUGCCGAACAAACAAUGGAUACAGCUGUAAUCAAGGAAGGAAGUACAAAUGGUCUUUACGACACAUUGGAUUCUACGCCGAAAUAUCGCAUGGGAGAGAGACUUCGAGAGGCAUGUCUGCCGAAACUUUUGUGCGAAAUGGCUGCAAAACCGUGGAUGUCGUUGACAGACAAAGAAAGAGAUUUACUGAAUUUGAUAAAAUCAACCACCAUGUCGUUGUCCGUUGCCUUAUCGCCAACAAGAUGGCAUUUUGCUGCACACAUGGGUCAGUUGCUCCGAACAACAGAUGAUAUCGCACCAAUUGGAUGUUCACAGCUGUGGCCUACUUGUCCGUUCAGCUCAAAAAAACUACUUUCCAUCUCGUCCAAAUUCUCGUUCCGGUAGAGAAGACACACGAGUUUAACACCUGAAACGACCUUGGCUCGAUGAGUUGGAUGAACUACAAUGCGAAAUUAACGUUUGUCGUGCAAAGCGCAGGAAGUGAUUCACUUUUCAACCUAUAUUUUAUUUGCCUUCUUUUUUUUUUCAAUUAGAAAAUGCGACAAAUUUUUCUCUGUCUCUCGAUCGAUCGAUCGUAACCGGAAUUUUUAUGUGUCAAAAAAAUGUGCCACACUCUACAAAUGUGAACGAGUUUUGUAUCGCGCGCGCCUUUUUGUUCCAAUAAUAUUUUGUGUUAUGUGAUAA